AUGGCAACCCAAGAACUCAAAGGUAUCCUAGUCGCCCUCAUAACUCCUUACACAGAAAAUCAGAAAUCCAUCGAUAUGGUCGCGUUAGAUGAACAUGUGAACCGCCUUAUCAAUGCUGGGGUACAUGGAUUGGUUCCUGGUGGCAGCACGGGCGAGUUCACAGCGCUUAGCACCGAAGAGCGCAAAUUUCUCAUAGAACAAGUCGUCAAGUCGGCAGCCGGCCGUGUACCUGUUGUUGCGGGGAUCGGCGGGUUAUCUACGGCGAGCAGUGUGGAACUUGCAGAACACGCCGCAAAAGCGGGCGCAGCAGCUUUGAUGGUCGUGCCACCUUUUUACGACGCGCCGAACAUUGAGCAGCUACGAGAGUUACUCCAAGAAGUUCAUGUCGCCAGCAAAUUGCCGAUAGUAUAUUAUAACAUCCCUUCUGCGACUGGUGUCACCCUCGACCCCGAGCAAAUUGCGUCUCUAUCGGAUAUCGGAGUCAAGUAUAUGAAGGAUACCUCCGGUAAUGGACCCGCUCUGACAGAGCUCCUCUUCCACCAUCAUAAUGCCAUUAUUACAUUCAACGGCUGGGACACCCUUACUUUCUACGGACUUGCAGCCGGAGCUAAGGGAUCUGUAUGGGGAGCCACCAAUAUCAUCCCAGAACUGUCUAUGGAACUCUGGGAUGCGUUGGCGGUUAAAGGUGACCUUAAACGGGGAAGGGAGCUGUGGUCGAAGAUAUUUCCAAUUUGCAAGUUCCUUGAGUCCCACAACUAUUCUUCUGCUGUUAAGACGGGUAUGGAGUUACGGGGUUGGACGACAGGAGGCCUGCGGAAGCCUUUUUCAUUAUUGAAUAAGGACCUGAGAGGCAAGUUAGCGCUCCUUCUACAGAAUGCUGGGGUGAAAACUGUAUAAGGAUUUGGGUUGGUUAGACGAUGUUGAGAUAGCUACUAAGAAACUGACAAUCUUACAC